AUGCCGAUUGCUGGAACCGCUAACACAAAUAUAGAUUUAAUAUUAUGUCAAAGAAAAGCUUAUGAGCGCCAUCGAAAACGAGUUAAGUCAGCAACUUCGACUAUUGAUAUGAGUCCUCCUAAGCUUAUACCGCACGUUCUAAAUGAUGCUAAGAAAUUACAAUUACAAAAAGAAAGACAAGCACAAAUCGUGAAGGAUAAUUUCAUUCUUUUGAAACAUCUUCAGAGCAUAAUGAGUGGUAGUAAGAAGAAAAAAGGGUUCAGUCUCACUGAAAAGAAAUCAGAGUGUAUUCGAUUUUAUUAG